AUGCGGGCGACAGAUAUCGCACCGCAUACAAAUCCGAAGAAGGCGGUGGGGAAGGAGGACCGUCUCGCCCAAACCCGACGGAGAAGGAACACCCUAACGAAAAUCUCGAGUGAAAUUAACAGGAUGCCAGUGGCAGUGCCAAUAUCCAGUAUUCAUUACGGAAAGAGGCCGUCUCAUGAUCUACUCUACAGACAAACUCCCUUUUGCACCCGACUGUCGGUCGGGUCAAAGGUUGUGUUUUGUGCGCUGCUCCCGAGCAGGCCGCUCAUCAAGAAGGCUUUGGUUGGCGUUCCUCUCCAUGUGUCCAAUGCGCAACCUCUUGCACACUCACCUCCUUUUUCUAUUUUUACUAACUUUGCCUGGCUUUGCCACUCUUUGCAGAUACACCGCAAUAAGUGA